GAGAGCCGAGCGCAGCCAUGCCCCAGGCCGCCUGUGGGGCAGCAGCAGCGGCGGCCGGGGCGCGGGCCGGGGGCGCCGGGGGGCCGGCGGCGGCCCGGGCGCCACGAUGAAGCGGCAGAACGUGCGCACGCUGGCUCUCAUCGUGUGCACCUUUACCUACCUGCUGGUGGGCGCCGCGGUCUUCGACGCGCUCGAGUCCGAGCCCGAGAUGGUGGAGCGGCAGCGGCUGGAGCGGCGGCAGCAGGAGCUGCGGGCACGCUACAACCUCAGCCUGGGCGGCUAUGAGGAGCUCGAACGCGUCGUGCUGCGCCUCAAGCCGCACAAGGCCGGCGUGCAGUGGCGUUUCGCCGGCUCCUUCUACUUCGCCAUCACCGUCAUCACCACCAUCGGUUACGGCCACGCAGCGCCCAGUACGGAUGGCGGCAAAGUAUUCUGCAUGUUCUACGCGCUACUGGGCAUCCCACUCACACUGGUCAUGUUCCAGAGCCUGGGCGAGCGCAUCAACACGUUCGUGCGCCACCUGCUGCACCGCGCCAAGAAGGGGCUGGGCAUGCGGCGCGCUGACGUGUCCAUGGCCAACAUGGUGCUCAUCGGCUUCUUCUCCUGCAUGAGCACGCUGUGCAUUGGCGCCGCCGCCUUCUCCUACUACGAGCGCUGGACCUUCUUCCAGGCCUACUACUACUGCUUCAUCACGCUCACUACCAUCGGCUUCGGCGACUACGUGGCGCUGCAGAAGGACCAGGCGCUGCAGACACAGCCGCAGUACGUGGCCUUCAGCUUCGUCUACAUCCUCACGGGCCUUACGGUCAUCGGCGCCUUCCUCAACCUCGUGGUGCUGCGCUUCAUGACCAUGAACGCCGAGGACGAGAAGCGCGACGCCGAGCACCGCGCGCUGCUCACGCGCAACGGGCAGGUGGGCGGGCUGGGCGGCUGCCUGGGUGGCGUGGGCUUGGGCUUGGGUGGCGGCGCGGGGGGCGGCGGCUGCGGAAGCAGCAGCGGCGGCGGUGGCAGCGUGCACACCAUGGACACCGCCUCCUCCCCGGUGGCGGCGGCAGCGGCAGCCGCGGGCGGUGGCGGUGGAGGCGGCGGCUUCCGCAAUGUGUACGCCGAGGUGCUGCACUUUCAGUCCAUGUGCUCGUGCCUGUGGUACAAGAGUCGCGAGAAGCUGCAGUACUCCAUCCCCAUGAUCAUCCCGCGGGACCUCUCCACGUCCGACACGUGCGUGGAGCAGAGCCACUCAUCACCAGGGAUGGGCGGGCGCUACAGCGACACGCCCUCGCACCGCUGCCUGUGCAGCGGCACGCAGCGCUCCGCCAUCAGCUCCGUGUCCACCGGCCUGCACAGCCUGUCCACCUUCCGCAGCCUCAUGAAGCGCAGGAGCUCGGUGUGA